AGCUAAUACAACGACAACAUGGACAUUUAUCGCUGUUUUUAGUGUGUGAUUUGAACUUGCAACUCUUAUUAUUUUAGAAUUUGUCAAUGGAGUAUGGUUUUGUUGACUGCCAUUGUCAUAUUUCAGCCCGUGAGUUUGAAAAGGAUCUGGAGGAUGUGAUCCAGAGGACUAAAGAGGCCGGGGUAAAGACUCUGGUUGCAGUGACAGAAGAAGUCGGAGAGUUUGACCGAGUUCUGCAGCUUCAGGACCGUUAUCCAGAUCUGGUGGCUCCAUGUUUCGGGCUCCACCCCCUGCAGGAGGGCGGGCAGCGCAGCGUGAAUCCUCAGGAUCUUGAUGCUGCCCUGCCGAAACACAGAGAACGCCUCGUGGCUAUUGGAGAGAUUGGUUUAGACUUCACUCCGUGGUGUGCUCCCUCUCCUCAGGACAGAGAGGAUCAGAUGAGCGUCUUCAUCAAACAGCUGAGCGUCGCCAAGGAGCUGCAGCUGCCUGUGAACGUCCACUCACGAUCUGCUGCUAAAGUCACCAUAGAGACGAUGAGAGAACAAGGUAUCAGUCGAGCGCUGCUUCAUAACUUUGCAGGGAAGCCCUCUGUGGCUCUGGAGGGAGUGAAGGCUGGUUUCUUCUUCUCCUUCCCCCCCGCGGUCUGCAGGAACCACCAGAGAGACAAACUGAUCAAGCAGAUCCCUCUGGAGAACAUCUGUCUGGAAACGGACUCUCCUGCUCUCGGGCUCGACAAGCACGAGAGGAACGAGCCCUGUAACAUCGCUCUGUGCUGCCGACACAUCGCUGACGUCAAAGGUCUGUCAACACAAACUGUUCAGAUCGUCACCGCACAAAACGCACUCAGGCUUUUCCCACAAGUGAAAACUCACAUGCAGCAUUUAAGUCUCUGACGUGUGAGCUUUGGACUGAGGGGGGCGCCAGAGGCAACAAAAGGAUCUGUCCUAUGUUUGGAAAUGAACCUUAGCAUUAGCAUUUUCUAUAGCCACAGCUGUGUCACAAAGAUACAAGGAUAAUUUAUUGUAAUUAUAUAACACAAGGUUGUGCAACGAAAUUUUGUACCAUGAAAAAAUAUCUUUCUUAUCUUAGCUUAAUACUAAAUUAAGCAUGCUAACCAACAUUGUUAGCGUAUAAUUGAAAAUGUUGCUAACAAAACCUACUUACUGUAUGUAUUCUGCUACAUAAAUACAUAAAGGACUAUCUGUAUAGCACAACACUUACUUAAUACUGACUUUAGCAUGAUAACAUUUGACAAUUUUAAUCAUCAAAGCUUGUUAGUAUACUAUAUUAGCAUUAAGCUCAAUAAACAGCUACUCUGACUGGGAUUUAGUGAUUAUAUUUUGUGUUAUAUCCAAUUGUUGCACAAGUGGAAUUUUGCCCUGCAGGACCUGCAAUUGAUUUGAAAUAAAAAGUGAAAAUAUAUAGUUUUUGUAAUCAUUCAUCCUGACUGAAUGGCUGCCAAAUCUCAAGGCAAUUGACAAUAGUGAUGGAGAUAUUGAACCUCUGCUAACUCACUAACAGGUGUUCAAAAAUGUGUUCAAGUUUCAAAUGCAACAUGAGCUUUAGAGUCACACACAGAUCCUCAAGACAAAGUACAACACGUGUAUCACCUAAAAGCAAAGGCAUCACUUCCUUUGGGUAUUGUUUUACAGUAUGUGUUUUAUUUAUUUAUUAAAAGACUCAAAUGU